GAAGCGCCAGCGGAGAGGCUAGUUCCUUAGUACUACUUUGGCUACUUAGGGUUAGUUGGCUUGGACAAUCACAAGCGCGAUGAUCAUGGAAGACGAUGAAAUCGUGGAAGUGGAAAACAAUGAAGAUAUUAACAACAGUAAUGGUUCAACUAUUCACAACGUUCACCAAAGUUCAGAGGUAGAAGAUGAUGAUCUUGCGGAUCUCUUACUUCUACAGCAAGAAGAUAUCGAGAAGCUAAGAUUCGCUAACACUGAAGAAGCCUAUGAUUUUUGGAGGAACUAUGGGCUGGUCACCGGCUUUGACGUCAGGAAAGAAGAUAUUGGCCGAGAUAAAGACAAGGUCAUGAUAUGGCGUCGGUUUGUAUGUUCUGGUCAAGGAACAAAGCGCGACCGAAAGGGUGAACGAAAGAGGGAACCAAAAGGAGAGACGAGAUUUGACUGCAAAGCUAGGAUUCGUGUACGACUAGACAAGUCAGAUGGGAAGUGGUUUGUGGAUAUCUUUCAUAACGUGCACUCUCACGUAACGGUUCCAAAAAAAUACCGACACUAUAUGAAAGGGAAUCGACAGUUGAGUGAUGCAGUUAAAGCAGCAAUCAAUUUCCGGAGAGCUGCAGGAAUGAAAACAUCACAGAUUGUUUCACUAGCGGUUGCAGAGGCAGGAGGCUAUAGCAAGAUGGGGUUCACGAGGAAAGAUGCGUAUAAUUACGUGGACAAAGAUCGGAAGGAACAGAUUAGUGAUGGUGAUGCUGCGGCAGCACUAGCUUACCUACAUGCGAAACUAAGUGCGGAUGAACAGUUCGUAAUUGAGCUAAAAAAAGACGAUGAAGACAGGCUUGUUAACUUGUUCUGGGCAGAUAGUAUUUCAGUGGCUGAUUAUGCAUGCUUUGGAGAAUUAUUGGCUUUCGAUGCGACUUACUAAAAGAACGUCUACAAUAUGCCUCUAGUAAUUUUUUCAGGUACUAAUUCUUUUAUUUUCGGUUCAUAGUAACUUAUAUUUUCAUUCCUAUAAAUUAUAAAGUAUUUA